CUUCCUCAUCCGCCGCCCCAGUGCGCAAACUUUGCUAUCCCCUCAAGAAGACUUCGGCCGUUUGUCCGUUCGCCCGUUAGUUGAUAGCACUGUUCAUCUUUACUCAGCACUAGCACUAGGAUGCCCUUCAGCGUGCCCACGUCUCCCUCAUCCCCGACCACCCCUCUCCAUGCACGGCGAGCACGCACGCUGUUCACCGCUGAGCGUGGGCCAGGCGCCUUCGUCCCUAUGGCUGUCCCAAGGCGCAAGACUGCCCGGCCCGUAUUCCACAUCAGCCACGAAGACGACGAUGAUGAGGAUUCUGGCUCGCCCGACGAGCGGUCUUCCCCCAUCCCGUCUCCAGAGAAGAUCCCUACGCUCAGUGUAACCACUACGAGCAUCCCCUUCCCUCGGUCUGGCUCACCCACCUCGCCUACCUCCCCUCUUCAUUCUCCCCAGUCUCAUCUGCAGCGCGGUAGCUCCUGCAUCCUUCUCUCGAAUGGCAAGCCCCUCAAGUCGUCGUUGAAGUCCUCAUCUUCUGCCCCUAACAUGCCGCGUCUGCACCUCCGUGCUGCAUCGGAGCCUGCUACGCCUGCGUAUUGCUCCACGCCAAAGAAUGUCCACUUCCCGGAUAACGAGGAUAGCCUUACCAUCGUUCGUACGUUCAACCGGUCGCAACGACCCGCUGCCCUCCUCUCGCCCAAUGUCAACGGGGAUGAGACAGAGACUGGCGAUGAGUCUAAUGGAGAGUCCUUCAAAACUGGCCGCUUCCCCUUCCCCGUCAUGCCUCCAGUCCCCCGCUUCGAGAUCGACCCUGUGCAGUCAGCAACUGUCCCCGCACCUCAGCCGUGCCAUCCCGUUUCCCCCCAUGUCAUCCUCGAGAGCAUUCGCCUCCCUGCGGAUCCUAAGCCCAUCCUGUCCGGUUCCGUCCUCGUGCGCAAUAUUGCCUACGAGAAGAACGUUGCUCUCCGGUUUACUCUCGAUGAUUGGCAGACAACCUCGGAAACGAGUGCUAAGCAUGCCAUGUCGCUUCCAGAUCUCCCGCCUUCACUUCCCAUCACGUUCCCUCACCGGGAGCGAGACGGGUGGGAUCGCUUCACUUUCUCCAUUCGUCUGGAAGAUUACGCUCUUACCCUCGGCACCCGAGUCAUGCAUCUCGCAGUGCGGUAUCGCGCCAACAGUGCCGAAUGGUGGGAUAACAACGCCGGCGGGAACUACAAGGUUGGCUUUAGAGCUGCUGCUGCUCCGCCUAGUACUGUCCGGGACCGGAAACAGGUUGUUUCUUAUCCGGGUGCUGGUGUCUCUGCUGCCUCUACUUCUCGUGAGCAUGUAGCUGGUGUGUUCACCUCAUCUCGGCCGAAUGGCAUCCGCUCUACCCCUGCUCCACCUCAGGUGCAGCAGCCUGGUGCUUCGCCUCGUACCGGUCGGUUGAGCUUGCUCAACUACUCGCCGCCACCUGCUCCCGCUCCUCGCAUGCGCUCUACGACGGUUUCCUUCGGUGGAUCUCCGUCUGAGCUGGCCACUAGCUCUUCGACCUCGCCUUCGAAACCUACCAUCGACACGUCAGCACCUGCGAAGGAUUCGUCGCCUACGUCGUCGCCUCCCUCCUCAACGCUCAAUACUCCCAAUGUCAGCCCCAGCCUCGUACCCCGGGUCAUCAUUGGUGGAAUGCCUGCUUCCGGUGCUUUCGAGUCCACUAUGUGGGACCACGGUGAAUCUGCGCGCUCAGAUGAACGAGAAACUAUCCACGUUAACAGCCACUAUGCUGACUGGGAUUGGAAGGCACCCCAUGGGGACAUGGCCGACAAAGCGAAGGCUGCUAAGCCGGCACCGACUACCCGUUCCGCAUCGGACCCCGGUCGGAGCACGUCGCCAUCCUCGUCAUCGUCUAGCAUCUCAUCGAUGGAGGGCCUCCCCCGGAGCCGCUCACCGCCACGAUCUAACGUUGACGGUUUGCCCCCAUCAAACUCGUCGAAGCCCUCCCAUCCCGCAUUCUCAUCAUUCGGCAGCGGCCUUCCAGCUGACAGCUCUCCAAGCGACUCGCUCUACAAGGCGUUCGUCACCCAAUGGUGUUUCGCACAAGGUCCCUCAGCAUCAAAUCAGGCGAGCGGCAUACCCGCAUGGCGCGACGGAGGCAUCCUCGCGUAAGAUGACUGGUUGCUUCAUCAGGCUUCGCUUUCAUCUCAUCUCUUCCCUUAGCCCCUAGGCCUGAUUUCGGUGGCGGCUCUGGUUUCCCCACCGCCACAUCGCCCCUAACUUAUAAAAGAAACCUUUACGCUCGUUAACUGUCAUCUGCUGUCCUCCAUACACGUCAAGUGCCGUGGACGACGAUGUACCACUAUUCGAUUAUCGUACGUUUUCGGCGCCUCGUCACCGCGCAAGACGUUCUGCAAGACCGCGCUCUUGCGGCAUAUCUAUUUUUUCCCUCUCGUCUUCGGUUUUCUCUCGCAUUUUCCCCUAUGGUCCCUCGGCACUGAGGCUAGACGUAUGCACCUUCUUGCCUCCGCCUCAUUCCUCAUAUCAUAUCCGCAUAAUUCUCAACAAUGCACAUAUUUCUCGCUCUCAUUAUCAUCGACAAUGAUGCUCAAUCUCAACAUCAACGCAAUAUCAUCGUCUCGUUUCUUCUAUCCUCGCCUCACCUUUCGCCUCGCCUCCUCGCCAUAACUCCUACUUUCGUUCACCGACUCGCUUUGCGCUUCGCAUGUGCUCUCGCACGUACCUUCGCACACCAUACUCACGCGCUCCGCAACGACGACAUUAUGAUCUCUCCGUCCUCCGUGUGCUCGCUUUACGCGACGCUGCACCUCAUGGACCAUCACUUUUUUUUAUGCCAGGACGCCGUACCGUCCUUUGCCUCUCCUCUCACGGUCCCCACCUCAACCACAAGUACUGGUCCCCGGCCACCUUUUUAUUCAAAAGCGGGCGUCCAGCCCGCAUGAUACUGUUGUUUCCGUGAUACCGUCGCUUGUACGAUAGCAGGCGCUGUCCACAACGUCUCACCCUUUUUCCUCUUGUUUUUCCCGUCUUCCUGUGUACUUGUUUCGCUCCUCAUUGAUCCCGAUUUCCUCGCUCUGGCUAAUCGUAUGAACAACGGACGUACGUCACGCACUACCACACCCAACUCUGACAUACUACCUCCGGGGACACUUUAGUUGUUUAUCUUGUUUAUCUCCCUCCUCUUGUCUGCUCCGAGCCUCGUCUUUUUCUUUUUGUCUUUUUGUCUGUUCAUCGUCGCGUUUCGUGUUUAUGCGAUUCGAUACGGGGGCGCGUUCCUGUUAUGUGUACUUAUAUACUUAGAGAGCUAGUGCGAUAGACGCAUGAGUAGAUAUAGCUAGCGUUUUCAUGCC